AUGACGCAGCCAGCGGUCACUGAGUCGGAAGUGAAACUCGAGUGCCCUCACGAGCACCAGAGCUAUCUCUACCAAGUGCCAGACCAAACCCAGCACCAGCUCCAGCACCAACACCAGCUACAACUGCAGCUGCAGCUGCUAAACCCCUACACUACUCCGGAGCCCGUCCUGCUUUCCCCAACCUCGGCUUCCACCAACCUAGCAGAUGGCCACGCAUUGCACCGCACCCCUUCGAAUUACUGCCACAUGCGGGACCGAAUCUACUGCACCGUGAUCACCGAUGGCAAGCGCUGCGGACGGCACUUCGAGACGAUGAACGCGCUGGCGCGACACCACCAAAAACUGCACGACAAUCUGACGGAUCCUUGCCCGUUCUGUGGGCGCCGCUUCUACGGACGGUUCUCCUGGGGGUUGCAUAUGGAGAAAGAGCAUGGGAUAUCGCAGCCGGGGGGAGUGAAUAUCCACGAGCAGGAGGGCUGCGAAGAGAAAGGGUUUCAGUUAUUAGCUUAUGGAGCGAGUGGAGAUGUUCUAGGGGCUUGA